CAAUCAUAAAAACCCAACGAAGUCAUAUAUUUUUUUCUCUCAAGUUUCAUCACACAUUAAAAAUCAUAGUUUAAAUUAGAAUUUAAAAUAUGAUGAAACAAAAUGUAUAUUUUCUGCUUCUUGUUGUUGUUGUUUCCAUGGUUAUUUCUUCACAGGGAUCUGCUCGUUUCUUAGUAAACAACCUACGAGUGAAAGAGGAGGUAAAGCUUCCUAAUAAAGCCAUUGAUGGAGAUUCAAUUGACAAGAUAGGAAAUUCAAAUUUAAAUAGGUUGAUGGGGCUAGAGGAAUAUUCAUGUGAGGAUGAAAAUGAUCAAAAAUGCAUUAAGAGAAGAGUUCUUGAAGAAGUUCACUUGGACUAUAUCUAUACUCAACACCAUAAUCACCCUUAAUUAAUUAAGAGAGAUUUCUUAAUUAUAUUUACUUCUAUAUAGUUCAAGUAUUAAUUAAUUAAUAUCAAGUGUAGCACUGCUUCUUAGAAGCAACGAUAAAGUUGUCUUCGUGUGACUUAUAGGUGAUCACAUUAUAAUGUUUCUCGUGUAUUGUGAUUAGUAUAUAUAUUUGGGAAAGUUUUUAGUACCACUAGUUUUGGGAUUAUGUUAAACAUAUAUCUUUAGCAAUUUGAGUAUCGUAUUGUUUUGUUGUACUGAUUGUUUUUUUAAAAUAUAUUUUGUCA